GAUGUGGCCUCGUCGCUCGCCUGUUCGGCACUGAAACAGCAUCUCUGCCCCGGCUGGCCUGUCCCUUGAAAACCCGCAGCAAAUCAUAUCCGGCCACACCGUCAUUGACAUGCCCGACGGGGGCGCACCCUCGCCCGCCAUCUCCAGAUCCUCGGCCAGAAAGGACUCGCCGCUCCUCCCUCGCUCGUCGUCCGACUCGUCGUCGUCAGCAUCCUCCGAUAUGUCCCAAGACAGACCCGCAAAUCUCAAGAAGGACCUGGGGAAGUUUAUCCUCCUGGUGCUCCUCUACACACUCCAAGGCGUCCCGCUCGGCCUUGUGUUUGGAAGCAUCCCGUUCUUGCUCAAGUCCAAGCUGAGUUUUUCUGAAAUCGCCAUCUUUUCGCUGUCGUCGUAUCCCUACUCUCUCAAGCUCCUCUGGUCCCCCAUCGUCGACUCGAUCUACUUCAAAUCGAUCGGACGAAGAAAGUCUUGGAUCAUCCCGAUCCAAGCCAUCACGGGCAUAUGGCUGUUCUCGCUGGGAGGCACCGUCGACAAGAUUCUCACUCUGGACGAGCUCCCAGUAUGGUCCCUGGCCUUGACCUUCACGACGAUCGUUUUUCUGUGUGCCACUCAAGACAUUGCUGUCGAUGGAUGGGCGUUGACGCUCUUGUCCCGUGAAAACAAGAUAUAUGCAUCCACUGCCCAAACAAUCGGCCUCAAUUCGGGGUACUUUUUGUCGUUUACCGUCUUUCUGGCUUUCAAUUCGCAUGAGUUUUGCAACAAGUUCAUCCGGUCCGUGCCCAUGGACACCGGGCUCUUGCAGCUCGGGCCGUACCUGCAGUUCUGGGGCGUCAUGUUCCUCCUAUGCGACUUGUGGCUUAUCUUUGUCCAGCGAGAGGAGACCGACUCGGAGAGCACCGACGACAUUCUCACCGUCUACAAGACCAUCAUGCGCGUAUGCCUGAUGCCACAUAUGCGCCAGUUUAUCGUCCUGCUGAUGAUUGCCAAGAUUGGAUUUAUCGCCAACGAGGCGGUGACGGGUUUGAAGCUUCUCGAGAAGGGAUUCCACAAGGAAGACUUGGGAAUGGCCGUCUUGAUCGACUUUCCAUUCCAGCUUUUGUUUGGAUACUACGCCGCCAAGUGGAGCAAUGGGCCCAAACCGCUGAGCCCCUGGCUCAAAGCCUACUAUGGACGCCUCUUGUUUGCCGUGAUUGGCAUGCUUGUCGUUGCCAUGUUCCCGACAGGGGGAGUCACAACCACCUAUUUGAUCAUUGUGAUCACAAGCACCGUGCUGUCAUCCUUUAUGAGCACGGUCCAGUUUGUCGGAAUGGGCAGCUUCUUCUCCAAGAUUAGCGAUCCGUCUAUCGGCGGCACGUACAUGACACUGCUCAACACCUUGAGCAACCUCGGCGGAACUUGGCCUCGCUACUUUGUGCUGAAGGCCGUCGACCUCUUUACCGAUUCGACAUGCAGCCUGAACGAUCCCGUCACAAACGAGGCGAUCCAGUGCCUUGACGACCAUACCCGCCACCUGUGCAAGAACAUUGGCGGCGUCUGCAAUACUGCCCGUGACGGCUACUACUACGUGGGCACGGCCUGCGUUGUCUUUGGCCUGGCAGCGCUGGUGUUUUGGAUCAAUCCGGUCAUCCAGCACCUUGAUCGCCUCUCGGAUCACUCCUGGAAGCUCAAGAAGCAAGAGGACAAGGACGCCAAGCCCCGACUCAAGAAGCAAGCUGGCAAAGACUCUGCCCGCAGCGGCAAAGCCAGAAACCAAGACUGAUGCGCUUGCGAGACCGAAGCCGUCCAAAGGCUGGGGGUUUUGUACCAGACGGAGUGAUAGGUCAUGAUUGAACGAGCCAAGACGGUUUGUGUGGCUGCCCGUAAAACCCUGGGACCGCACGAUUCCGACUCGUCGAUGAACUGGAUUCGCUCGGCACGAAUAGUUGUGCCGAAUUCCACUUUGCUUUUCUUGUCGUCCAAACUGGCCAUACACGCUUGAUUGAGCAGCGUGUAUGUCAUCAGAAUAGAUCAACAGGUCCGAGGCAGCCGUGCUUCAGACGCGAUGAACGAUACUGCGUAUGGGCGGAGGGUGGAGACACUCGGCUGUGAGCCGGAUAUCAUCGCACAUUGCACAUUGCACAUUGCACAUUGCACAUUGCACAUUGCACAU